AUUUUGGUACGACAUAUUCGGGAUUUGCAUAUGCUCAUAUAGCAAGUCCUAGUGAUAUCAUCACUAAUGAAACUUGGCCUGGGCAGACAGGUCCACUAAAAACUAACACUGUUUUACAGUAUAAUGAUGGUUUUCAAGAUGUUGAAUUAUGGGGUUUUCCUGCUUUGGCACAAAAAUAUAGUCGUCGAAAGAACAAUGAUUCAAAACCUGUUGAAUUAUUUAAAUUGCAUUUGAUAGAGAUGUCGGAAGAUCAAAGGCCUCCUUUGCCAGAAGAAUUAGAUUAUAAGAAAGCAAUCACUGAUUAUCUUUGCAAAUUGG